AUGGAUCAUCAAAUACUUGAUACUAGUACAUCGGAAGAAUAUGAAGGAAUCGAUCAGUUUCGAGAAAAAAUACUCGCAAUCCUUCCAAUUCCAAGCUCGAUAUUGAGCAUAAUAGGCAGCUCGGUAAUCCUGUACAUGGCCUUUUCCACUAGAAAAGAGCGCAAAUGGACAACUUACACUCGACUACUGGUAGGGUUGAGCAUGUGCGACAUUGUUUCCAGUAUUUCGCUCGGACUUGCAGCAUUUAUGCGACGACCAGAAAGUGAGCGAGUUUGGGCCAUGGGAAACGAUGCAACCUGUGCUGCAGCAGGCACUCUGAUACAAUUCAGUUAUAGCGGUCUGUUCUACAACGCAUUUCUAUCUUGGUACUUUGUCUUGACUGUCCGAUUUGGUGUCAAGCACGACGUCAUCGCCAGAAAAUUUGAACCGAUUAUGCACUUUAUAUCAGUUGGGUAUCCCUUGGUAACCGCUAUCCUUGGAGCAAUUUUGGGCGUUUAUGCCGAAACAUCAACGGGGAUGGGCUGCUGGGUCAACAACUAUCCAGAUGGAUGUGGCGAAGGCCCAGGACAGGAGAAGUGCCAGUCGGCCUUCCUUGGUUUCUUCUAUUUUGGUCUUCCCUACGUCUUUAGUGUUACAUGUAUUGACAUUAACAAUCUCAUUAUUUGGUUCUACGUCAGGAAACAUCGCAUGCCUUAUUUGCUCAAUAAGACGAAGCAGAGAAGCACAGCCCGUGUCAAUUCAUCGUUAUUCUCGAAAGACAACCACGAUGAGAAUUCGCUAUCCGACGGAAUCGAAUCUCUGGAUAGGGAGCUACCCUCCUCCAUAGGGAGCAAUAAAUCCUCGGAUGGAAUUAUUGUCAACGAAACCGACUCCUUCGCUGCAUCCAUCAACCACCACAAGAAGUACGCUCAAGCCGAUGAUAUUGACCACUCGGAGCGAGACAGCAGCAGUAGAGCAAACAAGGACCAGAUGCGACGAUUGCAGCUGGUUAGUUCCCAAGCCUUUCUGUUUGUGCUAUCCUAUGCCCUUUGCAAUAGCUGGAUGGGACUGCAAAUGAUUGCGGAAGGUGUGACUCCUGAAAAGGACGAGCCCAAAUUGAUGAACGACAUUUAUGGCCUCAUGGUUCUCAACGCCAUUUUCGCACCGCUUCAGGGAUUCUUGAACAUGCUGGUGUUUAUGAGACCCAAAUAUGUAAAAGCAAGGCACCAAUUUCCAAGGGAGACCAGAGCUUGGGCAUUCCGACGAGCCGUCCUAGGAGACGGCGUUGGACCAGAACAAAGGGGGGCUCGCCGGAUGGAAGAGCCCAUCGAUUCUAUCCCGAACUCUGGAUCGGCCACUCCUCAAGAAACACAAUGCACCCUGGCCAUGAUGCGACCAGCAGAAUCAUCUACAAAGAACAGCAUUGACCAGACCAAUCACAGUGUUCCAUUGCCAAAGGGUACCAUGAUGAUGUCUUCCUUGACAGCCAGCCUUGGUGACUUUGAUCAUGAUGGUCAAGAGGAAGGAAUGAAGCCAGAACGAACCAAAGGCGCCUUUGAAGCUUCUUGUUCCUCCAUUCCAAGAUUUCACUUUCGCUCAAGCCUGGUAGAGAACACAAAAAGAGGUCUGGAAGCCAUUAGUGAAUUGUCCGAGUCGGUUUUUGAUUUGAGCAACGGGGGCGAUCGCUGGAGCUCGAGCGCUGAUGUAUUAUCACCAAUCACCACCAGUUUGGAAGCAUCUCGUCGGUUUGAUGCAUUCCGAAACGACGAUACUGUUCCAUCUUCUGCAAUGCGAUUGGUGGCACCCAAACGAAUGGAUAGUGGCUGCUGCGAAGUCUUUGAUGAAGUGAGGCAUGAAGAAGAUGGCAUUGAACCAAAACGUGAGGAUAUGAAAGAAGAAGAAGAAGUGGAGGAGGUGGAAUAUGCUGUGGACAUGCCAGUGCGCAUUCCACUUCGCCGCUUGAGCAUGGGCAAGAAAAGCCAUGGCUCGCAUUCCUUUCAUGAUUCCUGCUAUUAUUCCUCUUCAAUAUCCUCGUCCUGUUCACUGAUUGGGUUUUCCGAUGACGAUUCCGACUCAUUUGCUGAAGAUAAUGAUGGGGAUGGUGAUCAUUAUGACUAUACUUAUCGGCAUGAGGAAGAAUUCAAAGCAUCCGAAGACUUCUCGACUCCUCCAACAACUACCAAGGACGGUGAAGCUGCUAUCGGGUAG